UGCCAAGCUGCAAGUGGCUGCUCACCGUCUACAGCCAAGACAUCCUGACAAGGCUGGAUGAAAUACAUGCAAGGAUAACAUCCACCUAUGGCUCUGUCUUGAAGAUGGAUUCCACUAAAAAGAUCACCAAGAAGCUGGCUGGGACAGCGAGGGGAACGGGACUCUGGCUUACCUCUGUUGGCAACGAGUUUGGUCAGGUGCUCAUAAGUGUGCUGACAGCCCAGGAAGGAGCAGGACUGGACAUGAUGGUAGACGGUCUGGUGAAAAGAUACCAGCAGGCUGGUGUGGAUCCACCUGCUGUGUUGUACGUGGACUGUGGGUGCUGCACCGAGCUGGGCGAGACCAAGCUGAAAACCAGAUUCAGAGGCUGGCCAGAUCUCGUGAUACGCUUGGACAUCUGGCAUUUUAUGCGCAGGAUUGCCUUGGGGUGUACAACUGAUGCCCAUCAGCUGUACCCCAUCUUCAUGUCACGGCUAUCAGCAUGCAUCUUUGAAUGGGAUGCGGCUGAUGUCUCUAUGCUUCGCAAAGCAAAGAGAGAGCUGUUGAUGUCCCAGGGUUGGCCUGCGCUGACAGAAGAAGAUGUCAGCAAGCAUCUGACCAGGGAGGAGCUGGCUCUACAUUGCCGGAGGAGGACCUGUGGAGAGGAGACUACCAUCCUUCUCCUUGAAAGACUGCUUACAGAACUCCUGAGCAGCAAGGGCAAUGACUCCCUGGGUGUUCCUCUCCUGGAUCGAGAAAGGAUGGAGCACAUCUGGAGUGUCCAGAAGAAGCAUGUUAAGUGUAUCCAAGACCCCCCUGGUGUUGUGCUCUAUACAGAGACAGGGAGCUUAACCAAGGGAGGUGUGCUUCUGAAGACAUACAGAUGUGCCAGAGGCUCCACUUCUCUCGAAUCCUUUCAUUUACACCUUAACCGUUUCAUCCCAGGGACCAGUGCAAACAGUCUGAACUUUCAGAUUUAUUUGCUGGAGGGUCUACACAGGUGGAACCAGGAUCGGGAGGCUGCUUCCCUGUCAUCGGAGCCAUCAGCUUUACGCAGCUACACAGGAGAACUCGUUCACUGUGUAAACAGCAAUUAUGAAAAGCUGUUUGGCAGGAAAGUGGUCCCCACGUUUUGUGAGCUCAUUGGAGUGCAGUAUCUGUUCCAGCAGACUGGUCAGGCACUGCAGGACAUGAACCCAGACUCUGAGGAGACUGCAGAACUCAUCGAGGACCUUAAUGUGGAGGAGCGAGAUGAAGAUGAGGGCUUCUGUGGCGUCAGCGAGGAUCACACCAUUGCAGAUCCAGAGGUUGUUCUGUCACCACCCUCUUCCACACUGACACUGGGUUCUUCCACCCUGGUCACCAGCAGUGACACGGCUGAACUGGGUUCCACAUCCCCUGCACUGAUCCCUGACCCUCAGUCUCCAUCAUCACCUGGACCCUCAGGGACUGCUGUCUCACCUGUUCCUUCUGAAACAUCUGUUUCACCACUCCCCUCAGAGCCAGAGGAUGCUGGUCAGGAUGAUGAUGAAGAGACGGCUGUUGACUACCAAAAUGUCCCGGGAUAUCAACAUGUGGACAGGCUGGCAGAAUAUCUGGUGGAGCUCCGGGGUCACACAGCCCUCAGCCUGACCAAUCAGGAAGCCAACACCAUAAUUGCACUUUGGCAGAAUCUGGAUGACCGGGACAAGCAACGGGUGGUGUAUGCAGCUCGACACCAAAAGAGACUGCUGAGUGGACGCUUCAGAGUACCAAAGAGGCCCACUCAAACCCCUGGAGUAGAGAGCACUAUCAGAAGUGUGCUGGGUGCAAGCAGCGCACCUGCUCAGUGGCCUGACUGUUGCCGUCUGGUGGAGACCAUCUUCAUCAGGCUUUGCACUAUUCACCCAAGCCCCAAAAGAAAAGGCAAAGGAACGCUGUCGAGAUGGUCUCUGAUCCUCCAAGCCUACAGAAGGAUAAGGCAGCUUGUACUGGGCAACAGCUUGGUGAUGGGAGGAACCUCAAUGCAGCUGGUGGAGGUUAACCAGAACACCCUGAUUCAGUGGUACAACAACAGACAGAAAAAGCAGGAGCUGUCUGUGCUGCUUCAGGGCAUUCAGUUGCCUCAGACCCUGCCUGAAGCUCAGGAACCUCUCCAGGCUGCCAAACGCCCACGGACUGAGCCAGAACAACCAGCGGAGCAGCACCAGUACAAGUUACCAGAGAGCACAGCAGGUCAGGCAAAGCAAAGGCAGACUUCUACUGGACGACCCCCUCUCAGACCCAAGGCACCAGCACGGAGUCCUAUGUUGGUUACGCCAUCAGCACCUGGAGCAUCAAUGCAGAUGGUACCCAACAUACUCAUACCAGCAGCGCCAGGUUUCCAGGGUGUGCCGAUGCUUCAGGGUGUGCCAGUGUUCCAGGGUCUGCAAAUGGUUCAAAGACUGCCAAUGGUCCAGGGAAUGCCAAUGGUCCAGGGAAUGCCAAUGGUCCAGGGAAUGCCGAUGGUUCAGGGGAUGCCAAUGCUUCAGGGGAUGUCAAUGAUACAGCCACAGUUACAGCCUACAGUUGUGCAGGGCACCAGUUUACAGCCUGCUGCACCAGCUGCCAGUCCGCAAGCCAUGCCCAAGAGACCCUACAAGAGAACUGUAGAGGCAAACACUUGCAAGAAGUGCGGGCAGUUCAAAACAAGUGUAACGGGACAUAGCCAGUACAGGGGCAGGGUGUACUGCCCACAGACUGAGACCGUUACAAAAGAACAGUGGUUAGAGGAAAUGCGGCGAACUGUUCCCAAAUAAUCUAUAUAUUUUUUUAUUUAUUGUAGUGUUGUAUAUACUUGUUUAAAUAUAGUUCACUGUUGUUAAUGUUUGUGUUGAACAUUAUUUAACUUUUUGUUUUUAAACAUUAAUAUUUUAUUUAACUUUUUAUUUACUGUUUUUAAACCCUAUUUAACUUUUCAUUUAACUUAUUUAGUGUUUUUGAAAACUUGAUAUUUACCGUUUUAUUUACCUUUUAAUUUACUGUUGUUUGAAAACUUAUUUAAUGUUCAUUACUGUUCUGUUAGCAUAAUUGUAAAAUAAAAAACAAAUUGGCGAAUUAUUGCUUUUUGAUUUCUACUUUUAUUUUCAUUUUAUUUCUUUUAAUUUAUUGUUUGUAAACUUAUUUAAAAUUUAAUUUAUUUAAUACGCAUUACUGUUCUUUUGGCAUAAUUGUAAAAUAAAAACAAAUUGGCAAAUGAUUGCUCUUUUAUUUUUACUUUUGUUACAAUAUUUCAUCAGUA